UGAAGUUCGCUCGAUAUCUCUUUGGUCAAGUCUCAUUCCAAUUAAGCUUUAGCUUCACAGGCUCACAGCUACACUCUUUUUGGCUAUUGUUGCAAUGGCAGUCGUCGCCGUCGCCGUCGUCAUCGCGCUCCUCGCCGCCUUCCUGACGCCGCUGGCCGUGUACCUGGCGAGGAGGGCGUCGCCGCCGCCGCCGCCGCGGCGCAACCUGCCGCCGGGCUCCCUCGGCCUGCCGCUCAUCGGGCAGAGCCUUUCCCUGCUGCGCGCCAUGCGGCGCAACACCGCCGACCGGUGGCUGCAGGACAGGAUCGACAGGUACGGCCCGGUGUCCAAGCUGUCGCUGUUCGGCGCGCCGACGGUGCUCGUCGCCGGCCCGGCGGCGAACAAGGUGGUGUUCCACCACGAGGCGCUGGCGCCCAAGCAGCCCCGGAGCCUGGCGGCGAUCAUCGGGAGGAGGAACAUACUGGAGCUCGUCGGCGACGACCACCGGCGCGUCCGCGGCGCCAUCCUGCAGUUCCUCAGGCCGGACAUGGUGCGGCGGUACGUCGGCAAGAUCGACAGCGAGGUGAGGCGCCACCUCGCCGCCAGGUGGGCCGGCCGCCGCACCGUCGCCGUGUUCCCGCUGAUGAAGACGCUGGCGUUCGACGUCAUCGCCACCCUGCUGUUCGGCCUCGACCGCGGCGCCAUCCGGGAGCAGCUCGCCGACGCGUUCGACGGCAUGCACGAGGGCUUGUGGACGGUGCCGGUGGACCUGCCGUUCACCCCGUUCCGCAGAGGCCUCAUGGCGAGCGCGAGGGCUCGCCGGCUGGUCGAGGCGACCGUGAGAGAGAAGGCGGCGAAGCUGGAGCACGGCGAGUCUUCCCCAUCCGACGAUCUCAUCAGCUGCCUCCUCAGCCUCCGAGACGGCGGCCGGCAGCUGCUCACCGAGGAGGAGAUCGUCGACAACUCCGUGCUCGCCCUCGUUGCCGGCCACGACACCUCCGCCGUCCUCCUCACCUUCAUGCUCCGCCACCUCGCCAACGACCCGGCCACCCUCGCCGCCAUGGCCCAAGAGCAUGAGGAGAUCGCCAGGGGCAAGCGAGACGGCGAGGCGCUGACAUGCGAGGACGUUGCCAAGAUGAAGCUGUCGUGGCGCGUCGCGCAGGAGACGCUGCGCAUGGUGCCUCCGGUGUUGGGCAGCUUCAGGAGAGCGCCCGUCGACGUCGAGUUCGAGGGCUACACGAUCCCGAGAGGGUGGCAGAUCUUCUGGUCGCCGAGCGUGACGCACAUGGAUCCGGCCAUCUUCCACGAGCCGACCAAGUUCGAGCCGUCGCGGUUCGACGGCGCGGCGGCGGCGGCGGCGUACUCGUUCGUGCCGUUCGGCGGCGGGCCGCGGAUCUGCCCCGGGAUGGAGCUCGCGAGGGUGGAGACGCUGGUGACGGCGCACUACCUGGUGAGGCAUUUCAGGUGGAAGCUCUGCCUCGGGGAGGAGAAGAACACGUUUCUCAGGGACCCGAUGCCGACGCCGCACGACGGCCUCCCCGUCGAGCUCGACCACAUCGCUCCUCUCUGCUAAGCCGCACCAUCCGUUAUCACGCUUCCUCUUCCUCCGUAUCUGUUAUGGUGCUUCCCCCAAGUUUUUUUUUCUUUUUUUUUCAGAUUUAGUUAUAGUAUAAUUACGACGCUUCCCGCAAGUUUUCUUAAUAUAACUAUAAUAUAAUUGAGAUGUAAAUGUAUUAUAGUUGUACUGUAACUGCAUUGUAACUUAUAGCAAAACUGUACAAAUUUGUUUCUAGAAAUUUUUCUUUCUUUCAUGUA